UUCCUGGGUUGCCGAUGUCGAGGUCAAUGUAACACAAAGGUUUGUCCUUGUCUGCUAGCCGUUCGCGAGUGCGAUCCCGACCUCUGCACCUCCUGCGGUGCCAAUCUGCCUGGUCGCCCGCAUAUUGUAUCGGGCUUGCCCUGCACCUCAUCUUCCUCUUCGUCACUCCCGACAUUAGCGUCCGUCACUUCAUCUGCACAAACAAAUAAUCAGCUACCUCACUCACACAGCACCAACUCUUUGACUGGUGGCUCUUGCAAAAAUGUCGCUAUUCAGCGUGGAUGGCGAAAGCACUUGUUAAUGGCUCCCUCUGACGUCGCAGGGUACGUAGAUAGUUUUGGCCAUUGCCUUCGUCUUCCUUUUAAAUACCAUCCAGACUGA